AUGCUAGAGGUCCGAAGAGCUAGUUUGGUACGGCAGAUGGCGUUCAGACAGGAUUCCAACGAUAGCAUCCACUCUCCAACACGAGUUGCCUCUCAGUUGAUGUUCCAACCAACAAAACUCAAUCCGCCACGACCAAAGAGAAGACGACCGAUGCCGAAAAGAAGAAGUGAUAAUUGGACAAUUCCUUCCGAAAUGACCCGACGAGUUCAACAUGUUUUCCGUAACAAUAUCAGAAUCUAA